GCGAGAGUCCCAAGUCUACCAAACUCAGAACACAGAAAGCAAAAACAAAACAAAACCAAGCGAAAACACUUAUAAUUAAUUUAUUAAAGUACUAAAAAUAUUUUAUUUGUUUCCCUUUUUUUGUUUUUGUUUUUGUUUCUCGAAAUGAGUGGGGAGGGAGAACAAGAGAGAGCCGAGAGAAUGGAGGUGGAGGAGAAGGACACGGAGAAACUGGUCUUUAUGUGGGGGUACUUGCCGGGAGCGUUGCCUCAAAGGUCGCCGAUUUUGUCGCCGGUGGUUGUGAGGUUACCGGCGACGGUGGGGUCCGCGUGGAAGGACGUCUGCGGUGGUGGUUGCGGAUUUGCCAUGGCCAUUUCUGACUCUGGAAAGCUCAUUACAUGGGGUUCAACAGAUGAUCUAGGUCAAAGCUAUCUGACAUCCGGCAAGCAUGGGGAAACCCCGGAGCCUUUCCCACUUCCAACUGAAGCUUCUAUAGUAAAAGCUGCUGCAGGUUGGGCACAUUGUGCUUCAGUCACAGAGAAUGGAGAGGUAUUUACAUGGGGAUGGAAAGAGUGUGUUCCUUCAGGAAAGGUCUUUGGAGAUCCAUCUACAGGGACAAGUUUGGAGAAAGAGGCAUUUGAAAGACAAAGUUCAUUUUUGACAGAGCAAGUGAGUCCGCACUCUCAAGGUUCAAAAUCCAGUGGUGGAACCUUGUCUGGUACUGAUAGUAGGGGAAGUGGAGAGGAAGCUUCCAAACGGAGGAGAAUAUCAUCAGCAAAACACACUGCUGAAAGCUCAUCAUCUGGUGAUGAAAAUCUUUCAGCUUUUCCAUGUCUAGUAACGCUGAACCCAGGAGUCAGGAUUGCCACUGUAGCUGCUGGUGGACGACAUACUCUAGCAUUGUCAGUUUCAGAUAUAGGACAGGUGUGGGGUUGGGGCUAUGGAGGUGAGGGGCAGCUUGGUUUGGGUUCCCGGAUACGUAUGGUCUCCUCUCCUCAUCCUAUACCGUGCAUUGAGUCCUCCUCUUACAUGAAAGAUAGAUCUGCUGCCUUUUCUCGGGGAAGCAUGUGUUCUGAGGGACCAGGUUUUAGAGUUCCUGGAAAUUAUGUGAAGGCAAUUGCUUGUGGAGGGCGACAUAGUGCAGUAAUCACAGAUGCUGGAGCACUGCUUACUUUUGGUUGGGGACUCUAUGGACAGUGUGGGCAAGGAAGCACGGAUGAUGAGUUAAGCCCAGUUUGUGUAUCUUCACUAUUGGGCAUACAGAUUGAGGGAGUUGCAGCUGGACUAUGGCACACUGUUUGCAUUUCCGGCGAUGGAGAUGUAUACGUAUUUGGUGGAAAUCAGUUUGGCCAGUUGGGAACUGGUGGUGAUCAAGCAGAAACUCUUCCCAGGCUGUUGGAUGCUCCAAGUCUGGAAAAUGUACAUGCAAAAAUCGUCUCUUGUGGGGCUCGUCACAGUGCUGUGAUAACUGAGGAUGGAAAAGUGUUCUGCUGGGGUUGGAACAAGUAUGGGCAGCUUGGCUUUGGCGAUGUGAUUGACCGUAACAUUCCUUCUCAAGUUCCAAUCGAGGUUUGCGUUCCAAAAAAUGUUGCAUGUGGCUGGUGGCAUACCCUACUUCUGGCCGAGUCACCCACUUGAGCAUAUAAGCUUCCUCAAGGCCUUGACAACAGUUUUGUUAGGUUAGCAGUUUUUAUUGGUACAUUGAUUAUAUGUAUAUGAAAUACAACAGCUUGUAUGUGCUUUCUCUCAUUCUUUCGUGGUGAGAUUUUAACCAUGCUUAGGCCUAUUAACAAGUGCUAGGAAAUGCUAGAAUGGAGUAUUCAAGAUGUACAACAUAAUCUAGAUCCAUUGUGUAUAUUUCUAUGUUUUACUGUUUGAACCAUCCAAUGUAAUCGUAAGCCUUGAGAAAGCUUAAUUAUUGUAAUGUUCUGGGUGUGUAUCUGGAUUCAGCUUAAUGGAGGGUUGCCUUUGUGACUUUUUCUUUUA